UCCCUCCUUCCUAUUUGCUUUCCUUCCCUCCCUCCAUACUUCCUAUUUUCCUUCCUCCCCUCCCUCCAUUUUCGUUCCUUUCUUCCCUCCUUCCUUCUCAGAAUCUUAAUAGUAUUUCUCAAUUUUGGUCACUUUUAAGAGGCUGGAGAAUUCUGGGCGUUGAAGUCCAGCCAUCUUCCGAGCUUGACAGACUGCUGCAGGACCUUGUUUCUUGGCCCUUUUAUCUGGCGUCUUCUCUGUUUUCCACCGUUUUCUUUCUAGCCCUGAGAAGAGAAAAAAGGGUUUUCAUUUCUCCAGGCAACCCCGGGGCAGACCCGCGGAAUAGGGAGGGGUCUCCUGGCACUUAUACAAGAGUGCAGCCACGUCCCCUCUUCCUCGUGCAAUCUCCUCCCCCGGCUGCAAAUCCUUCUGCCUUCCCACGCUCGACCCCUCGUGGGCCACUCCCGUGUCUGGGUGCGCGUGGAACGCCACCCCUAAACUCCCCCCAACCUGCAUUCACACAACCCCGCCCUCCCCCAGCCUCAACAGGGGCUGGCUAGCGCGGGCUUCUUGCAUCGCGUGCAGAGAACCCUCCCCAAAGACGCGCGUUCGUUCCGCGCGCACGUGUGCACGCGGCAUGCAACGCCCGGAGGCGUCCCCGGGCCCCGGCACUCUGCACACGCUCGCCGGCGCCCUCCUUCCAACCACUUCCGGGGUUGCAAAGAGGAUCCGGGGCUGAGCCCGGCUCUCCAGCGACGCUUCCUCCUUGCAACGUUGCCCGGCUGCUCCUGCCUGCCUGGCUGGCUGCUUCGGCAACCGGGCGCCCCUUCCCGGCCCAGGAUGUGGUUCUUCGCCCGGGACCCGAUCCGCGACUUCCCCUUCGAGGCGGCCUCCCCGCCGGAGCCGCCGCUGCCGCAGCCGGGGGGCGCCUGGCAGCUGCACCGCGGGCGGAGGAAGACUACGGGAGAACCGGUCUCUCUUUUCGUACACGAGGUGAAGCCGAGUUCCGAAGAGCAGACCCAGCUUGCCAAAACAGCCUUUAAAUUCCUCAAGACGCUCCGGCACCCCAAUAUCUUAUCCUACAUUGAUGGCUUAGAGACAGAGAAAAGUUUGCAUGUGGUCACUGAACCGGUGACACCGCUGCCGGCCUACUUGGAGUCGCGGGGGGACGGGAAGGGCUUGAGCGAGCCGGAGAUUUCCUGGGGUCUUCAUCAGAUUGCGAAAGCCCUCAGUUUCCUGGUCAACGACUGUCACCUGAUCCAUAACAACGUCUGCAUGGGGGUGGUUUACGUGGACCGUGCUGGCGAGUGGAAACUUGGCGGGUUAGAUUACAUGUGCCCGGCCCAGGGGGACGUCACCGUGCCACGGAAGGGGGUCCCCGAGCUGGAGAAAUACAACCCUCCCGAAUUCUCCGAUAGCACCAAAAACAUUGGAGAGAAAUGGUCAGCAGACAUGUGGCGAUUUGGCUGCCUCAUCUGGGAGGUCUUCAACGGUCCCUUGCCCCGAUCAUCCUCCCUGCGGUCUCUCAACAAAAUCCCUAAGUCCUUGGUGCCCCAUUACUGUGAGUUGGUUGGUGCGAAUCCCAAAGUUCGACCCAGCCCAGCCAAAUUCCUGCAAAAUUGCUCUCGGACGGGCAGUUUCAUGGACAACAAGUUUGUGGAGACCAACCUUUUUCUGGAGGAGAUCCAGAUUAAGGAGCCGGCCGAGCGGCAGAAGUUUUUCCAGGAGCUCAGCGACAACCUGGAUAAUUUCCCGGAGGAUUUCUGUUGCCACAAGGUCCUUCCUCAAUUGCUGAUGGCCUUUGAGUUUGGGAAUGCAGGAGCCAUCAUCCUCACGCCGCUCUUUAAGGUGGGGAAAUUUUUGAAUAGCCAGGAAUACCAGCAAAAAAUCAUCCCUGUGAUUGUGAAGAUGUUCUCUUCCCCAGACCGGGCCAUGAGGAUCCGUUUGCUGCAACAGAUGGAACACUUCAUUCAGUAUCUGAAUGAGCCCACGGUCAACACCCAGAUCUUCCCCCACGUGGUCCACGGCUUCCUGGACACCAAUCCAGCCAUUCGGGAGCAGACGGUGAAGUCCAUGCUGCUCCUGGCUCCCAAACUCAGCGAGACCAACCUCAACGUGGAACUCAUGAAGCACUUUGCUCGCCUCCAGGCCCGGGACGACCAGGGCCCUAUUCGCUGCAAUACCACCGUGUGUCUGGGCAAGAUUGGACCGUACCUCAGUGUCAGCACGAGGCAGAACGUGCUGAUCUCGGCCUUCAGUCGGGCCACCAAAGACCCCUUUGCCCCCUCGCGGGCGGCCGGGGUCCUGGGCUUUGCCGCCACCCACAAUUUCUUCUCCAUGAAAGAGUGCGCCUUCAAAAUCCUGCCAGUGCUGUGCAACUUGACGGUGGACCCCGAAAAAACUGUCCGGGACCAGGCCUUCAAAACCAUCCACAGCUUCUUGACUAAACUGGAGACGGUUUCAGAAGACCCGGCUCAGCUCUCAGAACUUGAAAAAGAUGUCCAGGCUCCCUCCACCAGUCCCGCGGUGGGCUCAGCAGCCAGUUGGGCCGGCUGGGCUGUGACGGGGGUCUCGUCCCUGACGUCAAAGCUGAUCCGGACAAACGCUGGCACAACGCCGGGGGCAGAGCAGGUGACCAGGGACGCCCCCGUCAAGACACCGUCGGAGCCCCCCAAAUCAGGCACCGGGCCCCCUCCUGCUGCUGAGGGAGCAGCUCCCCCCCCUUCCAGCCGGUGGGACGUGGAGGAGGAGGAGGAGGAGGUGGGGGGGGAGGAGAGCACGGCAGACCAGUGGGAUGAUGAAGACUGGAGCAGCUUGGAGCAAGAAACAGAGCAGACCAAGAGGCAGCCCAGUCCAGAUGACUGGAACAGCCCCGGCUGGUCAGAACCGGCCCAGACAUCCGGCAGUAGGACAAUUACCCCCACGGUCUCUGAUAGGCAGGACUCCGACUGGAGCAGUUCUGCCUGGGAUCUGGAGCCUUCCUGGAGCCCCCAAAAGGGGGGGGAUAUCCUCACGGAACCGCUCCCCUCCAGCCUCGGCACCAAAGCCGCUGCAGCCCCUCACCAAGACACCAAACUGGCGAGCGAAUACAACUGGGGCAGCAUCGGCUCUGGGGACAAAUCCGAUCCGUUUUCCUGUCUGGCUGGGAAGCCACCAUCGGAGAGGCAGAAAAAUGCUGACGCUCUGCGUGAGUGGACCCUCGAGGGAAACUGGGCCACGCUGGACUCAGAUCAAGGUCCCAGCAAGACAGAACUGGCCCGGAAGAAACGAGAAGAGAGGCGCCAGGAAAUGGAGGCCCGGCGAGCCGAGAAAAAAGGGGCCAAGGGACCUAUGAAGUUGGGGGUCCGGAAAUUGGACUGAGACGGCCCCACUUGGCCCUUUUCCUCUUUUUCGUUUGGACAGCCUGAUGCCUUCAAAGAGGCUGCAAGGAGGAGACGACUGGUCGGCAACUCUGGUUCCCCAACGCAGUUUGGAAAGGGGGCGGGAAAUUCGGGGCUCCUCCAUCCGGUCUUGCUUGAGGUGGGGAUGGCCAUCCGCACAGCCAGGCCCGGCUGCGUCCGACCUUCGUUUGCCCCCUUCAGGCCGAUUUCUCUGGUUUCAAGUAGUGAAAAAUAGACUCCCGGAAGGUUUGGGAUGAGGGGAAGAGAGUGCUGGAUCCAUCACAGGGUCUCUUUGCCUCUGUGCGAAGAAAAUCAGACUUUUGCACAGAGGCAAAGUACCAGGUGGAUGUGUACAUACAUGAGGGUGUGUGUGAGUGUAUGUGUGUGUGCAGGUGAUAAUCCGUGCCUGUUUCAUCAGCUAAGAUGGAAGCAGAGGAAAAAACUUUGAAUGAAAAGCUGCAAGAGAUUCCCAUAAUCCCUAGCCAAUCUCUCUCUCUCUCUCUCUCUCUCUCUCUCUUUCUGUGUCUCCUUUCUCUCUCUUCCUGUCUUUUUUUCUUUCUUUGUCUCUUUCUCUCUGUCUCUUUCUCUCCUGUCUGUAUCUUUUUGUCUCCUUUCUCUCUCUCUCUUUCUCUCCCCCCCCCAACUCUGGUUUGCACUUGCAAACCAAAUGCCUUUGCUUGGCAUGGCAAACUUGGUUAAAGUUGUCUUAAUCCUUGGGUGGUUUUGCCUGCAAAAUGCAGCUGCCUCAACGUGGUAGUUUGCAAAUCGGGAAAAUGGGUUCAUUCCAAGAGGAAAAAAGUGAUGCAUUUUUUUCCCCUCCAGGCAUAAAUCUUGCAAUUUGGCUGGUUUUCAGCAACCAAGGUGGGGGGGGGGCAUAAUUUGGUUUUUUUCCCCUCAGGGCUAUUGAGAAUUAUGGCUGGAAGUGGGGGGGGGCAGCAGCGAGAAUCUCAAUCCCUCUCAUGUUUUUUUUUUUCUUUUAGUAAAAUAGCUUGCAAACAACUCCAGAAGAUGGUUUGGCACUAUUAUUUUAUUGGUUUUACAGCCUGAUGAAAAUUACACUUAAUUCAAAGGUCUGGGCUGAAAUUUUGGUGAAACCCAGGCUAGGAAAAACAUCCUCAACCUUCUGUUACUCCUCAGAUUAAUCCAGAAUUAGUUCAAGAAACAGCCCUUCAGGCAGUUAAUGUGAUUUUUUUUUAAUGUGCAUUCACUCAGAGGUUAGACUUCUUCUGUUUAGAACAGUGGUUCUCAACCUUUUUAAUGCCGCGACCCCCCCCCCAACCGGUCGUAAGUCGAGGACUACUCAACCGGUCGUAAGUCGAGGACUACUCAACUGGCGCAGCACCGUUUGCAGAC